AUGCCCGACGCUUUUUUCGCAGGGACGAAGCAGCGCAAGCGGAAGCGCUCCGAUGCAGAGCCACGGCAUGGCGUAAAAAAGUUCGCUCGAAAGCCGCAGCAUGGUUCAGACAAAGUCAACGCAAAACCAAACUCAAAAGCAAAGCCAAACCCAAAAAAACGCAGGGACGAAGAGCUCUCAGACCAAACCGACUCUGAUGGCGUCGGCGCAGUAGACGACAUGGACCUCCGCGCCGACUCUGUCGACCCCAACGCAAGCGAUGCAGAGGAAGAUGAAGACGAGACGCCAGCUGAGAAACGGCUGCGGCUUGCACAGUUGUAUUUGGAGAGUGUUAAAUCUGGCUUGGCGGAGGGCGAGUUCGAUGCGGCAGAGGUGGAUAGGGAGUUGAUCCAGGCGCGACUUAAACAAGAUGUACUCGAACAUUCGGGCAAAGCGCAUUUAUUCAUCGCAGACUCUUUCGACUUUACCCAACCGCCCACAUCCGUCCUGCGCACGCGCGGGCACAGGCUGUCCGUCACAUCCGCCGUCGCGUCCGAGUCGGGCUCAGGCCCUUCCACUGCCUACCUCUUCACAUCCGGUAAAGAGGGACAUAUCAUCAAAUGGGAUUUGUGCACGGGUAAAAAGGUCGCUUCGCUCUUUAAACUUCGGGACCCCGCCUCUGCCUCUGUCGAUGCCCCAACCAACGGCAAUGGCAAGGGGAAAGCGCAGGGGAAGGGGAAGGGCAAAGGGAAGGGCAAAGGCAGAGCGCCCCCGGACGCGGCGGUGCCAGGACACACGGACGAGGUGCUCGCGCUCGCGCUGAGUGGCGACGGGAGGUACCUCGCGAGUGCGGGUCGCGAUCGCCGCGUGUGUGUAUGGGACGCGGCGCGUGCGGAGUGGGUUAAGUCGUUCUGUGGGCAUUUGGGGCAUAAGGAUGCUGUGAAUGCCGUAAGCUUCAAAAAGGGGACAAACCAGCUCUACUCCGCCUCCGCAGACCGCACACUCAAAGUAUACGACCUCACGCCCUCCGUGCUCGGCUACGUCGAGACAUUAUUCGGGCACCAAGACGGCGUACCCGCACUCGACGCUCUGCGCGGGGACACGUGCGUCAGCGUCGGCGCGCGGGACAAGACGGCGCGGUUUUGGAAGAUUGUGGAUGAGACGCAGUUGGUGUUUAGAGGUGGAGGACGGAGUAGGGUGCGGGAGGUGUUGGAGGGGGGGUUGAGGGGGGAUGAGGAGGGGAGUGAGGAUGAGGAGGGGGAGGAGGAGGAGGGGGAGGGGGUGGAUGGGAAGGGGAGUGGGGGUGGGAAUGGAAAGGGGAAGGGGAAGGGGAAAGAGAAGAAGUUUGUAGAGGGCAGUUUGGAGAGUGUGGCGAUGAUUGACGAGACGACGUUUGUGAGUGGUGGUGAUAGCGGCUCGAUAUGCCUUUGGAGCACGCUGAAGAAAAAACCGGUGUUCACGCAGCCGCUUGCGCAUGGGUUCAACGAGGUGCUGUCCGAGUCGGAGGGCGUUAUUAAGACGCCAAGGUGGGUUACUGCUCUAGGCUGUCUGCGCUACUCGGAUAUCUUUGCUUCCGGAUCUUGGGACGGUGAAGUGAGGCUAUGGAAGGUAGAUGCGAAGCUAAAGUCGUUUAGUCUCGUCGGGACUGUCUCCGUUCCUGGCGUGAUCAACUCGCUGCAGCUGCUGAGCACGACAAAGGCGUUUUUAGAGGCUACUACCUGGGGCUCGCCCUCCUCUUCCUCGUCUUCCUCUUCCUCUUCCUCCUCAGCAACGACAACGCAAAAAGACAUUGAUAUGGACCCGACUACAACAACGACAACGACAACGACGAGUAUGAACAAGAAGAAGCCGGCAGAGGUACCUGUGAACCCGUUCAUACUCGUCGCGGGUGUAGGGCAGGAACAUAAGCUUGGGCGGUGGUUGAGUGUGAAGCAUCAGCCGCAGCAGCAGCAGCAGGGUGAAGGAGAAGGAGGAAACGACGGCGGUGCUGCUGCGCGGAACGGCGCGGUUGUGUAUGCGUUUUGGCCGCGGACGUUGGGUUCCUCUUCUCCCUCUUCGUCGUCGUGA